GCUGGUAUAAUCCUAGGACCGUCUCUCUUAGGCCAAAUCAGGGGAUACAUGGCGAUGUUCUUUCCCAUAAGUGCCAAAAUCAAUCUACAAACCUUCUCAAACAUUGGUUUCUUCAUGCAUCUUUUCUUACUAGGUCUAAGAAUCGACGCUAGCAUUCUACGUAAAGCAGGUUCAAAAGCCUUGAUCAUUGGUACAGCCUCUUACGCCUUCCCGUUCUCCCUAGGUAACCUCACAGUCCUCCUCUUGAAAAACACUUUCGAGCUCUCACCAGAAGUUUCCCACUGCAUCCACACGGUGAUCUCCCUCAACGCAAUGACCUCGUUCCCGGUAACCACAACCGUCUUAGCCGAGCUCAACAUCCUUAACUCUGAUCUCGGGAGAUUAGCCACAAAUUGCUCCAUUGUCUGCGAGGCCUUUAGCUGGAUCAUUGCACUCCUUUUCAGAAUGUUCUUACAGGACGGUACCCUCGCUACCGUCUGGUCAUUCGCUUGGAUCACCGUUCUUCUCCUAUCUAUCUUUUUCAUCUGCAGACCUUUGAUCAUCUGGCUGACGCAGAAAAGAAGCGUUUCGGUUGAUAAAACAAACGACAUACCGUUCUUCCCUAUCAUAAUGGUCUUGUUUGUGAUAAGUUUGGGAUCAGAAGUGCUUGGCGUCCAUGCAGCGUUUGGAGCGUUUUGGCUAGGUGUAUCGCUCCCUGAUGGACCUCCAUUAGGGACAGGGCUCACGACCAAGCUCGAGAUGUUUGCAACAAGCCUUAUGCUCCCAUGUUUUAUUGCCAUUAGUGGAAUACAGACCAAUUUCUUAAAGAUUGAAAAGAGCCAGGUGAAGGUCAUUGAGGCCGUGAUCCUCAUUACCUACACCUGCAAGUUCCUUGGAACCGCAGCCGCUUCCGUGUAUUGCAAGAUACAGAUAGGAGACGCAAUUUCUUUGGCCUUAUUGAUGUGUUGCCAAGGAGUCAUUGAGAUCUACACAUCGGUCAUGUGGAAAGAUGAAAAG